AUGCAGGUUGUUUGGGGUUUAGAUGAGGUGAAAAUCCUGAAUCCUCCAGAGGAGGCUUUGCCAGACCAUCUUUUGCAAGUACUCUACUCUUGUGAUGAACCUGCUACAGUACAGCUGGACUGUGUUGUAUCCUUUGAAACUGGCACCAUAAGCACAUUUCUGCUAAGACAGUGGAACUGUGUCCCAGGUGUCAAUAAAAUAAGGACUGUGAAGCUGAAUCUGCCAGACUGGUUGGUGUAUCAACCUGAUGGGAUUGUUCCAGACUCUCAGUGGGUGCUGAGUUGUAUCCUUCGAGCCUCAGUCAGACACACUGGAUAUGAUGAUACUGAGAAGUCUGUCAGAGCUCAACAUGUGGCAAAUUUGAAACCUAAGCCCUACUUAAGUCGACGUGUCAAACAACAUCAGCUCUGUAUUGCCUGGGGCACACAAAUGCUCCAGCUAACUAAACAGUUUAUCCAGAAACAGUGUGCCUUGGAACAAGAAACGCUUCAUUUGCUGUCUUCAAUCUAUGCUUCAACUGGAGAAAGCUUUGGUAUCACAAAGACACUGAAUCCCCACAGGAAUGAGGUUCUGGAGUAUUUACGUGUUAAAGCCAUCUCUUUCCCAUGGUGUACGCUUUCCAUCUGGAUAUUUGUAACCAGACACUGCCAGGAAGCCUUGUGUGGCGUGUUUCAUCAUAUAAAUUCCCAAAAUAGUUAUAUCACACCAGCAAUACUCCUCACAAAGUCAGGUCACCUACACAUCCAGAUGAAUGGAGAGUCUCAGGAAUCCUCUGCAUUUCUCUCUUCAUUCAAGGUCCCUUUAAAUGUGUGGUGCAAUCUUAUUGUGAUGGUGCAAGGUAGAACAGUGGCUGUCAAUAUGGUAUGCUUGGAUAACAACCAGAGAACAGUUAAAACUUCUGAAUAUAUGUUUAGAUUUAUUAUCAUGUUUGAUGACACAGAGGGAUAUUUUGUGAUUGGAGGAGGGAAGUAUAUACCAGGAGUGAAAGGCUAUUUUGGACCAGUGAUAUACCACCGGAACCGAAUAGUGUCUGACAUUAUGUCUGAGUUUUAUGUUCCAGAUGUUAUACAGAAUUUAAAUCUCACCAGGUGGCUGCAGACUUGUGAAGAAUUUAGCUUUGACAUGAAUGUCAAGAUCAGUGGCUAUUCAAUCAAGAUCCAGCAGAGGACAGAAGCCGAAACUUGCUCUCAUGCUUUCCAUAAGUGGGUGGUAAAACACAGACAAACAUCAAAUCCACAGUGUGCAUCGUGGGAAGCAGCUGCUCCUCGCAGAAGACAUGCCGCUAAACUGGCCAAAUUAUUAGUUUUAAAACAUGAAGGAAGAGCAGUUGGCCUGCAUGAUUUGGGCAGAGCACUAUACUCCUUAUCACUCCAUAAGCUGGGCAAAGCGAGAAGCACGGAAGUGGUCAGCAAAGUAUUAUCACUGCUUCUCCAAGCUGGCUGUCUAGCUGAUACCCGAGCUCUGCACAUGUCAUCUGUGCUCUACAGUACUGGCCUAGGAGUCCAGAAAGAGCCUUUUAAGGCUUGGCUCCUUGGCCUGCUGGGUGCCCAAAAGGGUGAUCGAUUGGCAUUGCUGCAUCUUGGGCACCUGCACCACCUUGGACUGCAUGGUCAGCCCAAGGAUCAUGAUCUGGCCUAUGCCUAUUAUGCUAACAUUGCUCAACAGACAACUAUAGACCGUCACAAUCCCUCACCACAGCAGACAACAGUUGAGGCUAUUUUUGUGAACGAUGAAAAGAUGUUGAAUAUCCAGACCAAUGAAAACCACCACAUCUUUCAAUGGCUCAAACAUCAGGCCCGGAGGGGAGCAACUGAGGCUGAGCAAGCUAUUGCCCGCAUGCUAUUCUGGGGCCAGCAAGGAGUGACUCCAAACAUCCUGAAGGCUGUGAGACACUAUGAAAGGGGAGCUGUCCAGUGGGAGGAUCCAGUGUCAAUGUAUGACUAUGGGAUAGUACUUCUGCAGGGACAUGGAGUGGAAAAGAACAUUCCAAAAGCUGUCACAUUCCUAAAGAAAGCAAUGGAUAAGGGUCAUGUUCCUGCAAUAAAUGCCUUGGCUUGGUACUAUGAGCACUUUGAGAAGGACUACAAACAGGCCAUACAGCUAUGGGAACAGGCCGAUCUCCUCAUGUGUCCAGAAGCAGCUUUCAAUCUUGGUGUGAUUUACUCACAGGGCCUUUAUCCAGGAAAACCUGCCAACCAGUAUAUAGCCUAUAAGUACUAUCUGAAGUCUGCAGAGAGAGGAAAUAUCAGGGGAGGGAUUCUGAUUGCUGACAUUUGGACCACUGGGAUGCCUGGCUUUGUCAACAGACAUCCAUCCGACGCCGUUUUGUGGGUAAAGUGGGCAGCGGAGCACAACGGAUACUUGGGCAGCAUCUUACACAAAGCUUUGGAUGCCCAUCUCAAGAACGACGUGUUCACAUCACUAUUAUAUUACAUGAUGGCUGCUGAAGCAGGAUAUGCAGUUGCACAGUUUAAUGUGGCGUACCUGUGUGAACAAAAUUCGGGAGGUUUUCUGGAUCCUGAUUAUGCAUCAGACUGUAUGUGGAGAUAUUACAACAUUACGAUCCAAAGUCAAAAUCCUAACACUUAUGCUUUUAUUAGGAUGGGCGACUUGUUUUACGAGAGGCAUGGUAACAGGCAGAAAAACUUGUUUUCUGCAGCACAGAUGUACACACUGGCAGCACUAAGGAACAAUCCCCAGGGAUGGUAUAAUUUAGGUGUCCUUGGUGAAGAAGGUUACAAGCUGCCACUGUCUAUACUGAUUAAACUUGGCAUCUCAGAGUUAUACCUGGCAGACAAGGAAUUGCUUCUAAAUGCCCUGUACAAAAGAUGCAGAGACUCGGAAGAUGCAGACUCAUUCUUUCCUUGCAGCCUUGCCCUCUUCAGUGUAUACGUACAGACAUUUCAAAAGCACUAUAGCGCUGCUAUUAAGUUCUGCACUGCUCUUGCUGUGGUUGCAGCUCCAACAGUGUUUUUAAUCAUCCGUGGUAUGUUCAGGAGACGCUUGUCUCUCCACUAGAACCAAGGUUGUUGUGACACUUGCCUGCAAACAAACUGAAGGACUAUGUGGAAAAAUCAACCUUCAUUAGCACAGAAACACCACAGUAGUUUACCUAUUGGUUACUUGGGACAACGGUACGGAGCAAAGCUGACAUAAAAAUGAAUGUAUUUUUUGUAUAUGUCUGUGUCUGUAAUCUGUUUACUGCUGUUAAAAAGACUCGCUUUUAUUUUAUUUUUUAAUUGAAUAAAUCAUAAA